GCAACCGGGGACCACUCAUUUGUUUGCUUAUUUGUCCCCACGCAGCCAAUGUAUAUAAAGCCCGGCCCAAAAUGGAAUUGGUGAGCAAGUCAAAAGCGAGUCUAUAAAAUCUAAUACGCACACGAGCGGCCAGCAAGUCCCGCCCACAGAUCGGCGCUAUAUGCUCGGCUAUAUAAAUAUAAGUGCCUAAUAAAACCUGCGAGAGCGCGGCUUAAGAGAGCGCCAAAGAGUGCAGCUCUGAGGUGCGAGCGGAUCGGAGCUAUGCAACCUCUCUGUCGCACUCGUCGCCCCCAGUGGCGAUCUUACUCUUAAGUUCCCCGAAACGAGUUCCUUGCCAGGUUUCCUCGGCGGGACCCAAGAGCUCCGACAGCUGGGGCUUCGCUUUCAGUCUGUGAGCGAUUGCGUGACCUGCACGACGAUCGAGGAGCGAUCUGUGUUUCUUUUCUUGGGGAUUGAAAGACGUGAAAAGUGUAAUCGAUCAGCGAGAACUAGAAAAGUGUGUGAAGAAAAUUAGUUCGAGAACAUUGAAAGAUGGUGACUUGAUUACCCGAGACUUGAUCACGCAGUGAUCAAUGAUCUUGGAAAAGAUAUACGGAAGAACUGUCUUAAGCGAGCUUUUGAUAUGGAUUGCGAAGGCGGCGGCGCAGAAGCAGAAGCAGGAGCAGCAGCAGCAGCAGAAGCGGAGGCACCAGGAGUUGGAGGGACCCGGUUGCAAGUUGCCAAUGGCCAAGUGGCCGGUUGCCAGUUGCCAGUUGCCGGUCGCCAGAAGUUGCCGACUCACAAUGUGUGUGCGCAAAGGCUUUAAGAAAUGCCGAAUUCCAGAAGCUGCAGUACAAUCAGUUGAAUUAAAAAACGAGCGCACAGACAGAGGACGACGGCUGGAUGGGAUUGGGCUGUGGAUGGCGGAUGGGGAUGGGGAUGAAGAAGCGGAUUGGGAUGGGGAUGGGGUUCUGGGACCUCUGGAGGAUCGCCGGCGAUAUCAUCGCGUGGUGAGCGCGGGCUAGGAAAUUAAGAGGACAUUGUGGCGGCAUGCGGUUAGAACUCGCAGCGGCGGCUUAAACACAAAAUCCACACUGGAGAUUCCUUGCGUGGCUGCGUUGUUGGUGGCUUUUGGACAGCUGGACGCUGCCUGACAGAGGUCGCCCUCGUACGUAAUCGACGAGCAUUGCAAAUGCCUGUGCCUUUGUCCUCCGCCUGCGUCUUGUGCUGCGCACGUGGCCAUGUUGCUGACGCAGCAGCAGCAACUGUUGCAGGCACAGCAGCAACAUCGGCAGCCGCAGCAGCAACAGCCGAACAGCAAAUCAUUGAAAUGUCGUUAGAGGCUCGAGCGGCACGCAGCUUCGAUAGUCAGCCAAACCGCAAAAUGCUUUUAAUUUCUCAAACUGAUAUGCACCCGUGCUCCCACUGCCGCGGAGAGAAACUUGGGCCAGAAGUUCGCCUUGUUUUGUUUUUGUUUCUCCUGCAGGUAGACCGGCAGAAAAGUCACAUGAGGAGGUGGUAAGAGAGUAAUAAUCAGAACAUAAGUUUGUUGCAGGGAGGUUAAGAAACAUAGAAACCGCAUACAACUUAAUAUGAAAGGUACAAAUAAGCAUACAAAGAAUGAAUAAAGAUUAAAAUAGACUGAAUGUUAUUUUAAUAACACAGCUCCAUCUGUACUAAUAACUCUUUGAAAUCAUGUCAACGCACAUCAAAUUCCGAAAUAAAUACGAAAUCGCAAAAGCCAACAAACUUGCAGCGUUUUUUCAAUGGUUGGGCUCCGUGGGCGGUUCGGUGAUGAUGCGCAGGUGAGCGACCAUAGAAGGCGAUCUAUGUAGCCAAGACACCCGCGCAGACUGAUGGAUCGCACUCUCGAUACCAGCCAGAUUUACAAUACAUAAUGCGGGCCAGCGACUGUUGGCAAACAGCGAACCCCGAACAGCGAACAGCGAACGGCCCACUGCAAGUCGGCAAUUAACCUUGGCUGGACAAAGAGUUGGCGGCGGCAGAACGACCUACAGCAGCAGCGGUACAAGUUAUGGAUUUUAUUUUAUCAGUCAGCUGGCAGUCAGCUACCAGCAGUGGCUACACCGAAAAAAAACUUGGGUGUGUUUGAAUUCAAAUUGCUAUUAAGGCGGAGUUGAGAGUUAGCUCUUCACCCAAAAGGUUUAAACAAAAUUAUAAUUCAAAAAAACUAUAAAUAAUUUUUUUGGAGAGUUCAAAUAAAAUAAGAUUUUGGGAUAUUCUCAGAGUGUUUAUGUUGUUGGAGAUCGCAAUUUCUUUCUGUGUAGAGCAACAACUGAUGACCUGAGCCGGCGUUGGUGUCACACCCACAACAUUUUGGUUUCAUUCAUCGGCCCAUGCUGAAUGGAAAAACUGAGUCGCGCUGGAAAAAGGGGGGCUGAGUGGAGCGGAAUGGGACGCAGAUCGUGGCACACGUCAUCGGGGCAGCCAAGAGGCCAGUAGUGCCUACGCCAAAAGCUUUUGGCAUUGAAAAGUACGAGCCGCAAACGCGAUUUGCAUGCCAAGCCAGGAGAAAAAGCCGAGGGAACUCACUAACUCGCGAGCUGGCCAACUGACUAACUGACUGACUGAAUGACUGACUGAUGGUUGGUUGGACUGACUGUUGGUGCAUGACGAGAUUCAGUGGUGGCUCUGAUCGAUUUAUGAACUCGUCGCGGGCAUUGUUGUCAUGACGUCACAAGCAACGGCUGAAGCCCCCGCAGCCGAAAACAUUUCAUUUGAUCGGGGUCUCCAUGGGAGAAGCGGAAGCUCUUUGCAACAUCGAAAGGAAAACAGAAACAUAUGUGCUCGAAAAAAACACAAAUUCAUUCAUGGAGAGCCGAGGAGCGCGGCCCACUCGCCAGCUUGGGAUUAUUGGAGACCGACCGUGUGUAGGCUAGAAACUAGAAACUAUGUAUAAACUUUGGGUUCGGGCUUAUCGCGGUGCUCUUAACCUUGCUCUUGAAACAGCUGGAAGUGUGUUUGGGUUUGGGUUUGGGUUCACUUUUACAUUACGCUGCAUCCGUUGUUUUUUCGAUUUAUGUUUAUUAUUUAUAAUAUUGCGCUAAAUAAUAUUAUAUAUAUGCAUAUAUUUAUGUCUCAUUCGUAUAGAUACUAUUUUGUGGUUCGUUUUUUAAACAUAUUUUGAUGGCUUAUUCGGUAAAUUGCUUUAGGGUUAUUCGAUUUACGUCUUUUGUUCUGCUUGGGCGCAUUGCACGAUCUAUUAAAUAGUAAAUUUAACUAGUAUUAAAGAAAUUACUCGGCUUUCUGUUUGACAGAAACGUUCGGUAUGUUCGGUAAUUAAAUUAUGUGUGUUUCUUGAGUAUUUUCUUUAACGCAGUAAACAUAAGUGAAUAAAUUAAGUUUAAAUUGCUUUUGCUGUGAGAGAACUUGCUUUGAGCUGUUUUUAAUUUGGUAUUUAAGUUUAAAUGUACAAUAAAUAUUAGUAGAAAGAGCGAGUCAAGCAAACAGCUCAAAGGCGGUACAAAGCGGUUCUGUUGCACGGAUUAAUUCGGAGCAGAUAGUCUGGCUAGGGAAUCUAGCCAGAUGAUCCUUUUGAGCAAUUCGUCAUGCAACAUUCCAAUUAGUAGGUGUCAAUAAAAGCCAAUUGGAUCAAUCAAAUAAACAUAACUAAGGGGCGGUAAAUACUACUGAUGACAUUAAGCUAGACGAAUCUGGAAAACACGCUUAAACUUACGGAGCACGCUCAUCACACACGCAUUCACUCUCUCACACUCAGGAAAACGGCCGCCGGCGCAUUCGACAUUGUAUUUAUAUUUGCUAUCAAACUUGCUAACUAAGCAUCGUAAACGCACUGGAGCUGUUUACCCUUUUAGACUCUGUACAGCAAAUCUUUGCGGAAAGUUUCCUCCUCUAGCGACUUUCCCUUCCCCCUUCCCUUUUCCUUUUCCUUUUUCUUCUAGUUAUGUACGGUAUUGCACUUAUGGCUUAAAGGACUAUCUAAAGCAGUCUCGGCUGUGUCUCGUUGUGUCUCUAGUGGUUCGGUUGAAUGGCACUGGGUUAGAAGCUGCAGCUGGACGCGACAAUUGAUCUAUUGCUAUGGGAUGUACUUGGGAGGAGCUGUAGCUUUGCUAUGGCACAGUCGCCUUUCAGUAAGAGUCUUGACUAGUAUACAAAAUGUAAAAAAUGUAAAUUACACAUUAAUAAAACACAAACACUGCGGUAAACAAGAACAAAACGAGCGGCGAGAUCGAAUUGGCCAUGGAUCCGAAAUACGAAGCACGAGAUACGAGUAUCGCAGUUCGAUCAAGCCAUUUGCUGCACUUUGGAUCUGCUAAACAUAUAAACUGCUGUCUAACUAA